AUGCGCCAGGAGACAGUCCUCGACUUUGUGCUCUCUUGGAUGGGCGACAAGGUUGACCGCGCCGUGCUACAGGCCCGCAUCACCGCGUGGAACACCUGGAUGAACUUAGGCUUUGCCAUCACUAUCAGUGAGUUGAUCGAGGUUGUGCGUCUCCCUGUCGUGUUUUUCCUCUACUAUUUCAUGAGACCGCACUCGAAUCACUUUUCUCGCUGGAUGGACCGCUUCGUGCAUCGCUUGCGGUGCGGUAAGUGGACUAAUGGCGCGGCAGUGUAG